GGCAUCAAGGGUGAAGCAUGGUGGCUAGCGGAGCCCGCAUCCUGACAGGUGUGCUGGCGUGGCCCUCUACCUGCCCCGCCGCGGCGGCCUGCGGCCAGGAGAAGUAGGCUGGCGACAUCUGGCGGGCCGCGGACCGAGGGAGGGGAGGCGGGGCGGGGCGGUGUCUCCCUCACGUGACCCCAACAGCGCCCAGCGCGUGGCGCUGCGCCCCAACCUCGGGGUCGGUCACAGUCUGCGCCUGCGCGGCCCCGGCUCGCUAGCCGUCCUGCGGGACGCCGGCGGUGAUGGGUGAGUGUGGGACGAGCGUGGGGAAGCACCGGGCUUUCUUCGCAUGAGGUUGGAGGGAGGGGAAACGCGCUGAAGGGCCCGCUGGGGCAGGCUGCCGCCCUGGGGGCCCAUCCCUGUCUUCUGCGCGCUCCGGCUGCCCUGGCCCGGCCCCUGCGGGCCCCACCCAGGCGGCGCGGGCGGAAUCAGUUCUGAGCCUCCUCGGCUCCCGGCUCCCCCGCCUGCCGCGGGUGUUUGUCCGGCUGCUGGGCGACCUUUCCCGCGAAGGCGCUGUCCCUUCAUUCGGGCGCGCCCUGGGCUGGGGAGGCACCUCCCUGGUGUACAGGAACCGCAGGGGCGGGGAGGAGCCGGGAGCUGCCUGCGCCCGGGGGACAGCGGGGAUGGCACCGCGCAAGGGCCUCUGCGUCCCGGGAGACUGGGAUUUCGGCCUCACCUCGGGACCCCUGACUGUGAAGUGUCAGAGACGGAAGAGGACUUAGUGAUCUUGUCCAACCCCCUCCCCGCCUUUCACAGGUUGGGGAAAUGGACGCCUGGAGAACGGAAAUCCAGUUAUCAAAAUUGAUUCAAGAAGAGAGAACCUAACAGAACAAUAACAAUGGAAGAAAUUGGGAACAUUAUCACAAAGCUAUCAUCCUGCCAAACUCCAGGCUCAGAUGUCACAGGUUAAAAAAAGUCCUUCAUGAAAAAGAAAGAUCUUAAGCAACAUGAUGGAUUCAGAAGCUCAUGAAAAGAGGCCACCAAUACUAACAUCUUCAAAACAAGAUAUAUCACCUCAUAUUACAAAUGUUGGUGAGAUGAAGCAUUACUUGUGUGGCUGCUGUGCAGCCUUCAACAAUGUCGCAAUCACAUUUCCCAUUCAGAAGGUCCUCUUUCGACAACAGCUGUAUGGCAUCAAAACCCGGGAUGCAAUACUUCAGUUGAGAAGGGAUGGAUUUCGAAAUUUGUAUCGUGGAAUCCUUCCCCCAUUGAUGCAGAAGACAACUACGCUUGCACUUAUGUUUGGUCUGUAUGAGGAUUUAUCCUGCCUUCUCCACAAGCAUGUCAGUGCUCCAGAGUUUGCAACCAGUGGCGUGGCGGCAGUGCUUGCAGGGACAACAGAAGCAAUUUUCACUCCACUGGAAAGAGUUCAGACAUUGCUUCAAGACCACAAGCAUCAUGACAAAUUUACCAACACUUACCAGGCUUUCAAGGCACUGAAAUGUCAUGGAAUUGGAGAGUAUUAUCGAGGCUUGGUGCCCAUUCUUUUCCGGAAUGGACUCAGCAAUGUCUUGUUUUUCGGCCUUCGAGGUCCCAUUAAGGAGCAUCUGCCUACCGCAACGACUCACAGUGCUCAUCUGGUCAAUGAUUUUAUCUGUGGAGGUCUAUUGGGUGCCAUGUUGGGAUUCUUGUUUUUUCCAAUUAAUGUUGUAAAAACUCGCAUACAGUCUCAGAUUGGUGGGGAAUUUCAGUCUUUCCCCAAGGUUUUCCAAAAAAUCUGGCUGGAACGGGACAGAAAACUGAUAAAUCUUUUCAGAGGUGCCCAUCUGAAUUACCAUCGGUCCCUCAUCUCUUGGGGCAUAAUCAAUGCAACUUAUGAGUUCUUGUUAAAGGUUAUAUGAAAAAACCAUCAGUUAAGUGCCAUUUAUCAACUGAAUAGACCUUCUAAGAAGAA